GCAGGCGCGGCGUGCGGGCAGUCCCGCCACGGCCCCGAAGCGCUGCCGCCGCCGCCGCUCUGCCGCCGCUCGCCAUGGGUCCGCGGCCCCGACUGCUGCUGCCUCUCGUGCUUUGCGUGGGGCUCGGCGCGCUCGUGCCUUCUGCGAGGGCCUCGGGCGUCCGAAAGCGAGGCCCCUCGGUGACAGCCAAGGUUUUCUUUGAUGUGAAGAUUGGAGACAAAGAUGUUGGCAGAAUUGUGAUUGGCCUCUUUGGAAAAGUUGUGCCCAAGACUGUGGAAAAUUUUAUCGCUCUGGCAACAGGAGAGAAAGGAUAUGGAUAUAAAGGAAGCAAAUUUCAUCGCGUCAUCAAAGAUUUCAUGAUUCAAGGAGGAGACUUCACCAAUGGAGAUGGCACUGGCGGUAGAAGCAUUUAUGGUGAGACAUUUCCAGAUGAGAACUUCAAACUGAAGCAUUAUGGCAUUGGGUGGGUCAGCAUGGCCAAUGCUGGGCCUGACACCAAUGGCUCCCAGUUCUUCAUCACCUUGACCAGGCCCUCCUGGUUAGAUGGCAAACAUGUGGUAUUUGGAAAAGUCCUCGAUGGAAUGACAGUGGUCCACUCUAUAGAACUUCAGGCAACUGAUGGGAAUGACCGUCCACUCACUGACUGCUCCAUUAUCAACAGUGGCAAGAUAGACGUGAAAACACCCUUCGUGGUUGAGGUCGCUGACUGGUGAUGCAACUGGCAGAACACAAGGAACAUACUCUGUCGGGGUGUGUGUGUGUCUCUUUUGAUUCUUCAAAGUUAUUGUUCUGCUUUGUAUUUUUACUUUCUUCUGUUUCCCACCCCAUAUCACAGGAAAGUUAUAAAAAUCAAUCUGAGUUUACUUGGCAUAAACUCCAGUAAAUCACUUGUUUAGGGACUCUGCACUUAAAAGAUAUAUCCCCUUCCUUCGAUGGUGCUAUUUUUAAACUAGAAAACUUUGUACUACCUAUUUUCUUUCGAAGAACACAAUCAUUAUUUUGCUGAAUUAAUUGUGAUUCCCCAAGUUAAUGAUGCUGAAGAUUUGUCAGAAAAAGAUGGGGACAUGAAGUUUAUUAUUUUGUAUUUAAACAGAAAUUAUUUUCAGGUAAAGGGAUAUUUGAUUAGUACUAUCUGUGUCAUAUGGAGCUUUACCUGAUGAAAGGUGCUUUGGUGUUCACUAUAUUAAAUACUUUUUACA